AUGGCAGAAUACGAAGCAGGAAAACCAGCAGAUGAAGAGGAACCAGCAUGCUGUGAUUGUUGCAUUUCUUGCGAGAACAAAAUGAUUAGUUUACUGGAUGACCUGGGAAUCAAGUCAAAAAAACAUGUUCUCCAUGCAACAGAUCCUGCGUACAACAAAACCAUGGAUCCUUGUGAUUUGACAUGCAGAAACGAUACCGACGGAAACUUUCCUUAUUUCACGCUGAUCAUGAGCGCCAUCCAUAUCGGUUUCUAUAUCUAUUUCGUUGCUACUGACCCGACCCACAAUAUCGCUGGCUUUAACAAGAAUAUCUUAUGCUCCCCAUUUAUCUACUCGCCUUAUCACCGGGAAGAAGUGUGGAGAUUCUUUACUUACUCUUUUACGCAUUCUGGAAUCUGCCAUAUAACUUUCAACCUCCUCUUCCAGAUCGGCAUUGGAUCCCUUUUGGAGAUGGUGCAUGGAAGUUGGGAUGUGAUAAGGAUCUACGGCGCCGGCGCCUUGGCUGGAGGACUUACAGCUGGAAUCAUCUCUCCUGGAAAACUUCUUGUUGGAGCUUCAGGCGGUGACUACGCUCUUAUUUUCGGCUACCUUGGCAACAUGAUCUUGAACUGGGACAGUAUGAAGAACCCCUUCACCAAAUAUAUGCGACUUAUUUUUCUUCUUCUGUUCAUUGGAUCAGAUCUUUUCAACGCGAUUUUUGGAUCGUUGGCUAGUAGCGGCGUUUCAUGCGGUGCUCAUCUCGGCGGUGCCAUCGUUGGACUUGGUGUAUCCAUGGCGUGUCUCAAAAACUUCAACUCUGACAAUGAUUGGGAAAAAAACGCAAGCUACGUUCUUAUGGCUCUUUCCGGUGGUUUCGUCCUUUUCGCCCUUGGAUGGCAAAUUUUCUCCCCAACUUUCGACAAAUACGACGAAGUCAAUCCUCCCUGCUACUUAUUCAGCAAAUGCGAGCAGUAUGCGACCAACUGUAGCUCCUUCAGCAAUCUGUAA